UGGGCCUCGUGGGGGGCGGGAGGGGACUGUCCCAUAUAAGCCCGGGCUCCAGGGGCUCAGCCGCCCGCACCCGCUGUGCUGCACAGGGGGUUGGAGAGGGAGCUCCGGGCGCCACAACUUCUGGUCCUCUCCCGUCCUCCUGCUCUCCUCCGUCCGUUCCGUUCGCCCCGUCUCCUUGCAGGACUUUUUCCGCAGGCUGCGAGGGGAACCUCGCUUGGUGGCCACUUGCCUGGGGAGGGCGACUCUCCUCCCGUCCACUCAAGAUGCUCAGGGGUCCCGGACCAGGGCGGCUGCUGCUGCUGGCCGUCCUGUGCCUGGGGACGUCGGUGCGCUGCACCCAAACCGGGAAGAGCAAGAGGCAGGCUCAGCAGAUCGUGCAGCCUCAGUCCCCGGUGGCUGUCAGUCAAAGCAAGCCUGGUUGCUUUGACAAUGGGAAGCACUACCAGAUAAACCAGCAGUGGGAACGGACCUACCUGGGCAAUGCCUUGGUUUGUACCUGCUACGGAGGAAGCCGAGGGUUUAACUGCGAGAGCAAACCUGAACCUGAAGAGACUUGCUUCGACAAAUACACUGGGAACACUUACAAAGUGGGCGACACUUACGAGCGACCGAAAGAUUCCAUGAUCUGGGACUGUACCUGCAUCGGGGCGGGCCGAGGGAGGAUCAGCUGCACCAUUGCAAAUCGCUGCCAUGAAGGGGGCCAGUCCUACAAGAUUGGGGACAAGUGGAGGAGACCUCACGAGACUGGGGGCUACAUGUUAGAGUGUCUGUGUCUGGGAAACGGGAAAGGAGAAUGGACCUGCAAACCGAUAGCUGAGAAAUGUUUUGAUCAUGCUGCUGGGACUUCCUACGUCGUUGGGGAGACCUGGGAAAAGCCCUACCAAGGCUGGAUGAUGGUGGACUGUACGUGUCUGGGCGAAGGCAAUGGGCGCAUCACCUGUACCUCCAGAAACAGAUGCAACGAUCAGGACACCCGGACAUCCUACAGAAUUGGAGAAACGUGGAGCAAGAAGGACAACCGAGGGAACCUGCUCCAGUGCGUGUGCACGGGCAACGGCAGAGGGGAAUGGAAGUGUGAGCGGCACGCUCUGCAGAGCGGCCCAGCUGGCUCCGGCUCCUUCACAGAUGUCCGGACAGCUGUUUACCAGCCCCAGACCCACCCCCAGCCUGCUCCGUAUGGCCACUGUGUCACAGACAGCGGUGUGGCCUACGCCGUGGGGAUGCAAUGGCUGAAGUCACAAGGAAACAAGCAAAUGCUGUGCACAUGCCUGGGCAAUGGGGUCAGCUGUCAGGAGACAGCUGUGACCCAGACUUACGGUGGCAAUUCCAACGGGGAGCCCUGCGUCCUCCCCUUCACCUACAAUGGCAGGACCUUCUACUCCUGCACCACAGAAGGGCGACAAGAUGGACACCUGUGGUGCAGCACAACUUCAAAUUACGAACAAGACCAGAAGUACUCUUUCUGUACGGACCAUGCUGUCCUGGUUCAGACUCGAGGCGGAAAUUCCAACGGUGCCUUGUGCCACUUUCCCUUCCUAUACAACAACCGCAAUUACACCGACUGUACUUCUGAGGGCAGGAGGGACAAUAUGAAAUGGUGCGGAACCACCCAGAACUACGAUGCUGACCAGAAGUUUGGAUUCUGCCCUAUGGCUGCACACGAGGAGAUCUGCACGACCAACGAAGGGGUCAUGUACCGCAUUGGGGAUCAGUGGGAUAAGCAGCAUGACUUGGGCCACAUGAUGAGGUGCACCUGUGUUGGUAAUGGCCGCGGAGAAUGGGCCUGCAUCCCCUAUUCCCAGCUCCGAGAUCAGUGCAUCGUUGACGACAUUACUUACAACGUGAACGACACUUUCCACAAGCGCCACGAGGAGGGCCAUAUGCUGAACUGCACGUGCUUCGGUCAGGGCCGGGGAAGGUGGAAGUGUGAUCCAAUCGACCAGUGCCAAGAUUCAGAGACCCGGACAUUUUACCAGAUCGGUGACUCCUGGGAGAAGUUUGUGCAUGGAGUGAGAUACCAGUGCUACUGCUAUGGCCGUGGCAUCGGGGAGUGGCAUUGUCAGCCUCUGCAGUCCUACCCGGGCACAACUGGUACUGGCCCUGUCCAGGUAUUUAUCACGGAGACCCCCAGCCAGCCCAACUCUCACCCCAUCCAGUGGAAUGCUCCGGAGCCAUCUCACAUCACCCAGUACAUUCUCAGGUGGAGACCUAAAACCUCUACUGGUCACUGGAAGGAAGCUACCAUCCCAGGUCACCUUAACUCCUAUACAAUCAAAGGCCUGACCCCAGGAGUGAUCUAUGAGGGACAGCUCAUCAGCAUCCAACAGUAUGGGCACAGAGAAGUGACCCGUUUUGACUUCACCACCAGUGCCAGCACACCUGUGACCAGCAACACGGUGACGGGAGAGACUGCGCCCUUCUCUCCUGUGGUGGCCACUUCUGAGUCUGUAACUGAAAUCACGGCCAGCAGCUUUGUGGUUUCGUGGGUCUCUGCUUCCGACACUGUGUCAGGAUUCCGGGUGGAGUAUGAGCUGAGCGAGGAGGGAGAUGAGCCCCAGUACCUCGAUCUUCCAAGCACGGCCACUUCUGUGAACAUCCCUGACCUGCUCCCGGGCAGAAAGUACAUUGUCAAUGUCUAUCAGAUCUCUGAGGAGGGAAAGCAGAGCUUGAUCCUGUCUACAUCACAGACGACAGCACCUGAUGCCCCUCCAGACCCUACUGUGGACCAGGUUGAUGAUACUUCGAUUGUUGUUCGAUGGAGCAGGCCCCAGGCACCGAUCACAGGGUACAGAAUCGUCUAUUCACCUUCCGUAGAAGGCAGUAGCACUGAACUCACCCUCCCUGAAACUGCCAACUCCGUCACCCUCAGUGACCUGCAGCCCGGGGUUCAGUACAACAUCACCAUCUAUGCCGUGGAGGAAAACCAAGAGAGCACGCCUGUUUUCAUCCAGCAGGAGACCACCGGCAUCCCUCGAUCCGAAAAAGUUCCCCCUCCGAAGGACCUCCAGUUUGUGGAAGUGACGGACGUGAAAGUCACCAUCAUGUGGACACCUCCUGACAGUGCAGUGACUGGCUACCGUGUGGAUGUGCUGCCUGUCAACCUGCCUGGGGAACACGGGCAGAGGCUGCCUGUCAGCAGGAACACCUUUGCCGAAAUCCUGGGCCUGUCUCCCGGGGUCACAUACCUCUUCAAAGUCAUUGCUGUGAACCAGGGCAGGGAAAGCAAGCCCCUGACCGCACAACAGACCACCAAACUCGAUGCUCCCACUAACCUCCAGUUCGUCAAUGGAACCGACAGAACGGUUAUGGUAACCUGGACCCCACCUCGGGCCCGGAUAGUGGGCUACCGCCUGACAGUGGGCCUGACCCGAGGAGGUCAGCCCAAGCAGUUCAACGUGGGACCCUCGGCCACCAAGUAUCCCCUGCGAAAUCUGCAGCCUGGGUCUGAGUACACUGUGACCCUGGUAGCUCUGAAAGGCAACCAGCAGAGUCCCAAGGCCACCGGAGUCUUCACUACCAUGCAGCCUCUGCGCUCCAUCCCACCUUACAACACCGAGGUGACAGAGACCACCAUUGUGAUUACCUGGACCCCUGUUCCAAGGAUUGGCUUUAGGUUGGGUGUACGACCAAGCCAGGGAGGUGAAGCGCCCCGAGAAGUGACCUCAGAGUCAGGAAGCAUCGUUGUGUCUGGCCUGACUCCGGGCGUAGAGUACACUUACACCAUCCAAGUCCUGAGAGACGGACAGGAGAGAGAUGCACCAAUUGUCAACAGAGUAGUGACCCCAUUGUCUCCACCAACCAACUUACACCUGGAUGCGAACCCUGACACUGGAGUACUGACGGUCUCCUGGGAGAGGAGCACCACCCCAGAUAUUACUGGCUACAGAAUAACCACAACCCCCACAAACGGGCAGCAGGGGACCUCUCUGGAAGAAGUGGUUCACGCCGAUCAGAGUUCCUGCACUUUUGAAAACCUGAAUCCUGGCCUGGAAUACAAUGUCAGUGUUUACACUGUCAAAGAUGACAAGGAAAGUGCCCCUAUCUCUGAUACCAUCAUCCCAGAGGUGCCCCAGCUCACUGACCUAAGCUUUGUUGAUAUAACCGAUUCAAGCAUCGGCCUGAGGUGGACCCCGCUAAACUCUUCCACCAUUAUUGGGUACCGCAUCACAGUAGUUGCGGCAGGAGAAGGUAUCCCUAUCUUUGAAGAUUUUGUGGACUCCUCAGUAGGAUACUACACAGUUACAGGGCUGGAACCCGGCAUUGACUAUGACAUCAGCGUUAUCACUCUCAUUAAUGGCGGAGAGAGUGCCCCCACCACACUGACACAGCAAACGGCUGUCCCUCCUCCCACCGAUCUGCGAUUCACCAAUAUCGGUCCAGACACUAUGCGUGUCACUUGGGCCCCACCUCCAUCCAUCGAGCUGACCAACCUGCUGGUGCGCUACUCACCGGUGAAGAAUGAGGAGGACGUGGCAGAGCUCUCCAUUUCACCUCAGGACAAUGCUGUGGUCCUAACAAAUCUCCUGCCUGGGACCGAAUAUUUAGUCAGCGUCUCCAGCGUCUACGAAGAGCACGAGAGCGCACCUCUUCGAGGAAGACAGAAAACCGGUCUUGACUCCCCAACUGGUUUUGAUUCUUCUGAUAUCACUGCCAACUCAUUCACCGUCCACUGGGUGGCGCCUCGAGCCCCCAUCACCGGCUACGUAAUUCGCCAUCACGCGGAACAUUCUGCAGGAAGACCCAGGCAAGAUCGGGUGCCUCCCUCUCGGAAUUCUAUCACCCUCACCAACCUCAAUCCCGGCACAGAGUACAUUGUCAGCAUUAUUGCCGUUAAUGGCAGAGAGGAGAGCGCCCCGCUGAUUGGCCAGCAAGCGACAGUUUCUGAUAUUCCGAGGGACCUGGAAGUCAUCGCCUCCACCCCGACCAGCCUGCUGAUCAGCUGGGAACCUCCCGCCGUCUCUGUGCGGUAUUACAGGAUCACCUAUGGAGAGACAGGAGGAAACAGCCCUGUGCAGGAGUUCACUGUGCCCGGGAGCAAGUCCACAGCCACCAUCAACAAUAUUAAACCCGGAGCAGACUACACCAUCACCCUAUAUGCGGUCACUGGCCGCGGGGACAGUCCAGCCAGUAGCAAACCAAUUUCCAUCAAUUACCAAACAGAAAUCGACAAGCCGGCCCAGAUGCAGGUGACGGAUGUUCAGGACAACAGCAUUAGCGUCAGGUGGCUGCCUUCAAGUUCUCCUGUGACCGGUUACAGGGUCACCACCACUCCCAAGAACGGCGAAGGGCCAUCAAAAACCAAAACUGCUGGUCCAGAUCAAACAGAAAUGACCAUUGAAGGCUUGCAGCCCACAGUGGAGUAUGUGGUUAGUGUCUACGCUCAGAAUCGGAACGGAGAAAGCCAGCCCCUGGUUGAAACUGCAGUAACCAACAUUGACCGCCCUAAAGGACUGGCAUUCACUGACGUGGAUGUCGAUUCCAUCAAAAUUGCUUGGGAAAGCCCACAGGGGCAAGUUUCCAGGUACAGGGUGACCUACUCAAGCCCUGAGGAUGGAAUCCAUGAGCUUUUCCCUGCACCUGAUGGUGAAGACGACACUGCAGAGCUGAAGGGCCUCAGGCCGGGUUCUGAGUACACAGUCAGUGUGGUUGCCUUGCAUGAUGAUAUGGAGAGCCAGCCCCUGAUUGGAGUCCAGUCCACAGCCAUUCCUGCUCCAACCAACCUGAAGUUCACUCAGGUGACACCCACCAGCCUGAGUGCCCAAUGGACAGCACCCAAUGUCCAACUCACUGGCUACCGAGUGCGGGUGACCCCGAAGGAGAAGACGGGACCAAUGAAGGAAAUCAACCUUUCUCCAGACAGCUCGUCUGUGAUUGUCUCAGGGCUUAUGGUGGCCACCAAAUAUGAAGUCAGUGUCUACGCUCUCAAGGACACAUUGACAAGCAGACCAGCACAGGGAGUUGUCACAACUCUAGAGAAUGUCAGCCCUCCGAGAAGGGCCCGUGUGACGGAUGCUACAGAGACCACCAUCACUAUUAGCUGGAGAACAAAGACGGAGACAAUCACCGGCUUCCAAGUCGAUGCCAUCCCAGCCAACGGCCAGACCCCAAUUCAGAGGACCAUCAGCCCUGAUGUCAGAAGCUACACUAUUACAGGUUUACAGCCAGGCACCGACUACAAGAUUCACCUGUACACUCUAAAUGACAAUGCCCGGAGCUCCCCUGUGGUCAUUGAUGCCUCCACUGCCAUUGAUGCGCCAUCCAACCUGCGGUUCCUGACCACCACACCCAAUUCCUUGCUAGUAUCCUGGCAGGCGCCCCGUGCCAGGAUCACUGGCUACAUCAUCAAGUAUGAGAAGCCCGGAUCUCCUCCCAGAGAAGUGGUCCCUCGGCCCCGCCCUGGCGUCACAGAGGCCACCAUUACCGGUCUGGAGCCAGGCACCGAGUACACCAUCUAUGUCAUCGCCCUGAGGAACAAUCAGAAGAGUGAGCCUCUGAUUGGGAGGAAAAAGACAGAUGAGCUUCCCCAACUGGUUACCCUUCCACACCCCAAUCUUCAUGGACCUGAGAUCUUGGAUGUUCCCACCACAGUUCAAAAGACCCCUUUCAUCACCAACCCUGGGUAUGACACCGAAAAUGGUAUUCAACUUCCUGGCACAACCUACCAACAACCCAGUGUUGGGCAACAAAUGAUCUUUGAGGAACAUGGCUUUAGGCGGACCACACCACCCACCGCGGCCACCCCCGUCAGGCUUAGGCCAAGACCAUACCUGCCGAAUGUAGAUGAGGAGAUUCAUGUUCCCAGGGGUGACGUAGACUACCACCUCUACCCUCACGUUCCGGGCCUCAAUCCAAAUGCCUCUACAGGACAAGAAGCUCUCUCACAAACAACCAUCUCUUGGCCGCCAUUCCAGGAGAGUUCUGAGUACAUCAUUUCAUGUCAUCCCGUUGGCACCGAUGAGGAGCCCUUACAGUUCCAAGUUCCUGGAACUUCGACCAGUGCAACUCUGACUGGCCUUACAAGAGGUGUCACCUACAACAUCAUAGUUGAGGCACUGCAAAACCAGAGAAGGCACAAGGUUCGGGAAGAAGUUAUUACCGUUGGCAACAAUGUCAAUGAAGGCCUGAACCAACCCACGGAUGAUUCGUGCUUUGACCCUUACACGGUUUCCCAUUACGCCAUUGGAGAUGAAUGGGAGCGACUGUCUGACUCUGGCUUUAAGCUCACUUGCCAGUGCUUGGGCUUUGGCAGUGGUCAUUUCAGAUGCGAUUCAUCUAAAUGGUGCCAUGACAACGGUGUGAACUACAAGAUUGGGGAGAAGUGGGAUCGCCAGGGAGAAAAUGGCCAGCGGAUGAGCUGCACGUGCCUCGGCAAUGGGAAGGGAGAAUUCAAGUGUGAUCCCCAUGAGGCGACAUGUUAUGAUGACGGGAAGACAUACCAUGUUGGAGAACAGUGGCAAAAGGAGUAUCUCGGAGCCAUUUGCUCCUGCACGUGUUUCGGGGGCCAACGGGGCUGGCGCUGUGACAACUGCCGCAGACCCGGGGCUGCUGAACCCAGCCCCGACGGCACCACGGCCCACACCUACAACCAGUACACCCAGAGAUACCCUCAGAGAACAAACACUAAUGUUCAUUGCCCAAUUGAGUGCUUCAUGCCGUUAGAUGUGCAGGCGGACAGAGAUGAUUCCAGAGAGUAAUAAUAUUUCCAGCCCAAACCAGCAAGUGUCUCUCUGCCAAGGUCAAUCCACAGCCGGGCGACGUCAGCAGACCCCUCCAUCUUUGAGUGUUCAUUUCUCCCUUAAGCCUUUCGCUCUGGAGUCAAAGUUCUUGGCUUGACCUCCACACACAGCUUCUCCAAGCAUCGCCCUGGGGGAUGUUUUCAGACUUCUGUCAUACACGGUGACAGCUGGUGGCCGUGUUCAGCUUCAGAGUAUUCAGUACCGCUCAGUAUUGUUUAACCGAAUCAAAGGUUCUUGUGGUUUUGGUCUGGGAUCACAGCAAAACACAGAUAGCCAAGGAAGAUGCUUAAUGUAUUGAAUGGCUAGUACGCGAAAUCUUGAGUAGGAAAGUUACCCAGACACUUCUGCUUUCUUUAGCUGUCUGGCCUGCAGCACCGUCAGGAGGCAUGUCCCAUGGCUAUGUGUUCCAACACCUCACAGUGUCCCAACAAUUCUAAUUGCCUAGGAAUAUCUUUCUCUUACCCAUUAUUUAUCAGUUUUUUCCCAAUAUUUUUAUAUGGAAAAAAAAAUUGUAUGGAAGACACUUAGUAUGCAGUUGAUGAGAGGGAUUCAGUAUAAUUAUGGUUGGUGAUUAUUUUUGUACUGUACAUGCCGACGCUUUCCUACUGUGCAAAAACAAGAGUUUUCAUAAAAAGAUUUACAUUCCA